UAUCUGCUCGCUUGACAGACAGAGUUGAAACUUGCUGAUAGCACUAGUCCACUUUCUGUAAACACAGCGAACGAGCGGCAGGUGGCUGUUUCUGUCUGAGCUAACUGUAACUGAAAGCAAGGUUUUUAAGCCCCAAUAUGUCCGGCCACGGUCAUGGUCACGGGCACGGCUGUGGGUGCGAGGGGGAGCACGAGCCCGCGGAGAGGGGCCUGGAGUACGGACUGUACCGGCGCAUCGACCUGGAGAAGCUGCAGUGCCUGAACGAGAGCAGAGACGGGGAUGGGAAGCUGGUGUUCAAACCGUGGGACCGGCGGAACGAGCGGGACAAGUAUGUCGAGAGUGACGCAGAUGAAGAGCUGCUGUUCAACAUCCCUUUUACAGGCAGCGUGAAGCUGAAAGGCAUCAUCAUCUCUGGGGAAAAUGAUGACUCUCAUCCGGCUGAGAUCCGCCUGUACAAGAACAUCCCUCACAUGUCCUUUGAUGACACCGGCAGAGAACCUGAACAGGCCUUUAGACUCAACAGAGACCCUGUCGCUGAGCUUGAGUACCCAACAAAGAUUGCUCGUUUCUCCAACGUGCAGCACCUUUCCAUCCACAUCUCCAAGAACUUUGGAGCAGAGAGCACCAGGGUCUACUACAUCGGUCUGAGGGGAGAGUACUCAGAGGCUCACAGACAUGAAGUGACAAUCUGUAACUACGAGGCAUCAGCAAACCCUGCAGAUCACAAGGUGGAGAGCAUCAUCCCACAAACCAACUUCAUUUCCUGAAGAAGCUUCAGAGAGACGGAAGAAAAAGGGAGGUGAAGAGAGGCUUCUUUGGCGUCUGCUGGCUUGUCAUUGACAAAAAAAAGUCUUAAGAGGAGUUCAACGCUGUGUAUCGGCAGGCUGGUUGAGCCUCGACCGGUGACUGGAGUGCUGUACUCUGAAGAGCAGAGAGCUCCAGAUGUGUCUGGAAGUGCCAUGUUGUUGCUUUGUUUUUUAUGGCAAUAAAGAGUGAAGGCUUAAUGUGGGGCAAAAAGCUUAAUAAUAAUUGCAUGAAACAUUUGAAACUCAGAUACAGUCUGUUGUUAUCAGUUUAACCUGCAUACUCUGAUUAAUGUUUAAAGAUAUUCACCACUUCGAUAACGUGACAGCUGCUUAAAUAAAACACAGAAGGCUGGAAAUAAACCAAGUGAUGUUACUCUUUUAUUGAUUAAAGACUGGUCGCCAUGUUUACACUAUGGAUUCAUAGUUGGCUUCACACACUGAUUUUUAGGUAUGAAACAUGUAAAGAAAAUUCAAUUUGCUCUCAAAAAUC